UCGAAGGCUCCGCCCCUCCCAGAUCGCUCCUGGGCUGUGGCGGAAACAGGUCUGGCUAUUCCAGGCUCCGCCCCCCGAAGCCGCACUUCCGGGAGCCAGAGCGCCCCGUCUCGCCCGGGAGGAGAAGGACAAACAUGGAGCGGCAGGUGCUGCUGAGCGAGCCCGAGGAGGCGGCGGCGCUGUACCGGGAUCUUAGUCGUCAGCCCGCGCUGAGCGCCGCCUGCCUGGGCCCAGAGGUCACCUCGCAGUAUGGGGGCCACUACCGGACGGUGCACACUGAGUGGACCCAGAGGGACCUGGAACGCAUGGAGAGUAUCCGAUUCUGCCGCCAAUACCUCGUGUUCCACGAUGGGGACUCAGUGGUGUUUGCAGGGCCUGCAGGCAACAGCGUGGAGACCCAGGGGGAGCUGCUGAGCAGAGAGUCUCCAUCAGGCGCCAUGAAAGCUGUGGUGCGCAAGGCUGGGGGCACAGGCCCUGGAGAGGAGAAGCAGUUCCUGGAGAUCUGGGAGAAGAACCGGAAGUUCAAGAGCUUCAACUUGUCAGCAUUGGAAAAACAUGGGCCCGUGUACGAAGAUGAUUGCUUUGGCUGCUUGUCCUGGUCACACUCGGAGACACACUUACUGUAUGUGGCAGAGAAGAAACGCCCCAAGACUGAGUCCUUCUUUCAGACCAAAGCCUUGGAUGUCAGUGCCAGAGAAGAUGAGAUGACCAGGUCAAAGAAGCCAGACCAGCCCAUCAAGGGGGAUCAAUUUGUGUUUUACGAAGACUGGGGAGAAAGCAUGGUUUCCAAAAGCACCCCUGUGCUCUGCGUGCUGGAUGUCGAGAGCGGCAACAUCUCUGUGCUCGAGGGGGUCCCUGAGAAUGUGUCCCCAGGACAGGCAUUCUGGGCCCCUGGAGACACAGGUGUGGUGUUUGUAGGCUGGUGGCAUGAGCCUUUCCGGCUGGGCAUCCACUUCUGUACCAACCGCAGGUCAGCCCUGUACUAUGUGGACCUCAGCGGUGGGAAGUGUGAGCUCCUCUCGGAUGAUUCCUUCGCUGUCUCCUCUCCCCGGCUGAGCCCAGACCAGUGUCGCAUUGUCUACCUGCGGUACCCAUCUCUAGUUCCCCAUCAUCAGUGUAGCCAGCUGUACUUGUAUGACUGGUACACCAAGGUCACUUCGGUGGUGGUGGAUGUUGUGCCUCGGCAGCUGGGAGAGAACUUCUCUGGAAUCUACUGCAGCCUGCUGCCUCUGGGAUGCUGGUCCGCUGAUAGCCAGAGAGUGGUCUUUGACUCGGCUCAGCGCAGCCGGCAGGACCUGUUUGCUGUGGAUACCCAGACUGGCAGUGUGACCUCCCUGACAGCAGGAGGACCGGGUGGAAGUUGGAAGCUGCUCACAAUUGACCAAGACUUCAUGGUAGCACAGUUCUCCACGCCUAGCCUACCCCCUAGCCUGAAAGUUGGGUUCCUGCCUUCUGUGGGGAAGGAGCAGUCGGUGUUAUGGGUGUCCCUGGAGGAGGCUGAGCCCAUUCCUGACAUCCACUGGGGCAUCCGGGUGCUGCAGCCACCCCCGGAGCAAGAGAACACACAGUAUGCUGGCCUUGACUUUGAAGCAAUCCUGCUGCAGCCCAGGGAUGCUCCAGAUAAGACCCAGGUCCCCAUGGUGGUCAUGCCCCACGGGGGUCCCCAUUCAUCCUUUGUCACUGCCUGGAUGCUGUUCCCAGCCAUGUUCUGCAAGAUGGGCUUUGCAGUGCUGCUAGUGAACUAUCGUGGCUCUACAGGCUUUGGCCAAGACAGCAUCCUCUCCCUCCCAGGCAAUGUGGGCCACCAGGAUGUGAAGGAUGUCCAGUUUGCAGUGGAGCAGGUGCUCCAGGAAGAGCAUUUCGACACAGGCCGCGUAGCCCUUAUGGGUGGUUCCCAUGGUGGUUUCCUCUCCUGCCACCUGAUUGGUCAGUACCCGGAGACCUAUGGUGCCUGUGUGGCCCGGAACCCCGUAAUCAACAUCGCCUCCAUGAUGGGCUCCACUGACAUUCCUGACUGGUGUGUGGUGGAGGCUGGCUUCCCCUACAGCAGUGACUGUCUGCCAGACCUCAGUGUAUGGGCUGACAUGCUGGACAAGUCACCCAUCAAGUAUGUCCCUCAGGUGAAGACACCACUGCUACUAAUGCUGGGCCAGGAUGACCGGCGUGUGCCCUUCAAGCAGGGCUUGGAGUAUUACCGGGCCCUCAAGGCCUGGCAUGUGCCUGUUCGGCUCCUGCUCUAUCCCAAGAGCACCCACGCACUUUCAGAGGUGGAAGUGGAGUCAGAUAGCUUCAUGAAUGCUGUGCUCUGGCUGCGCACACACUUGUGUAGCUAACGCCCUGCCCCAGCGUGAGCUGGUCAGCCUGUGCCAUGCUUCACUCUUGGGGAGCCCCAGGGUCUGGCAGAGUGGUGAGAGGCUUUCUUUGCACUGGACUCCAUCGAUGGGUGGGCUGAGGAACGUGGGCUGUGUGGUCAUAAUAAAUGAGGACAGAGAGCCUA